AUGAAUGUUAAUAAAGAAAAUUCUAAUAAAGAAAAACAAGUUCAAAAUAUUGAUGACAAUAUUCUGGAUGAUCAUGUGUCUUCGUUUAGUAGUGAUUGUGAAGUAGUACAGAAAAGCGUCCAGGCUAAUUUUGAAGCCAAUUUUGGUCGUAGGUCAGUCAAUGUGUUAAGGUUCUUGUGUCAUGAGUUGGUGAUUGCUGAAUUGGGUUCAAAACAGGAUUUGGUUAAUUGUUUGGUUAGUAAGAAUAAGAGAAGGGAAGUUUCUGAUAAGGCUUAUGUUAAAAAGAAUAAGGCUUUUGCUAGUGAUGAGGGUGUUACCACACCUAUGUUUGGUAGUGUUGGUUCAUUAUUUUUUGAGUUAGUGGUUAGUUCAACUAAUAGUACAGAUGAUAUUAGACCUGAAGAAAAAAGGUUCUUGUAA